UAAAGUAACGGGGCCAAGGCGGCUGGUGCGGUGGCGUCAGUGUGAGCAAAGGACGAUGUGGAAACGUGCGUAAAAUAGACACGACUUUAGGACGUGCAUUACCAUGACGAUUCCUCCUUCCAAGUCCUCGGUGUCUGCUACUCCACGCCACCAUGGAAAGCCAUUAUGUCACCAUCCAUGGCCUUAAUAUUACCCACAAUCCUCUGUCGGCUCCAGCCAUGUCCGUCGACAGGCUCUUCCCGGCGCUGCUGGAGUGCUUCGGCAUCAUCCUGUGCGGCUAUGCGGCGGGCCGCGGCGACAUCAUCAGCGCGGGCCAGGCCAGAAGCCUCGGAGCAUUUGUGUCGCGCUUCGCCCUCCCUGCGCUGCUCUUCAGGAACAUGGUGGAGCUCCAGUUUGCGGAUGUCGUGUGGUCCUUCCUGUGGAGUGUGUUGAUUGCCAAGGCGUGCGUGUUCGCUGCCGUGUGCGUCCUCACACUGCUGGUGGCCAGUCCGCAGAGUCGCUUCAGUAAGGCAGGCCUCUUUGCCAUAUUUGCCACGCAGAGCAACGACUUCGCCCUGGGAUAUCCGAUAGUGGACGCUCUGUACCGUAGCUCUCACCCGGACUACGUGCAGUAUCUCUAUUUGGUGGCUCCGGUCUCUCUGACGGUACUCAACCCCGUGGGCUUCGCCCUGUGUGAACUCCAACGCUGGAGGCAAAACCCUGACUGCAACCACAGCCGCCUGCAUAUCGUCUCCACAGUCUUGCUACGGGUCGCCAAGAAUCCAAUCGUCUUCAUGGUCCUGGUCGGGAUUGUCUCUCACUUCCUGUUUGGUGGGCGUGUCCCUGCAUUGCUAAGGGAGUUUGUGGAUGGAUUGGCUGACUCGUUUGGAGGGGCAGCACUCUUUUACCUGGGCCUGACGAUGGUGGGGCAGAUGUGUAGGCUCACCCGCAGCAUGGGGGUCACUCUCAUACUGCUCAUCACAGCUAAACUCUUGAUGAUGCCGUUGAUGUGUAAGGACAUGUUGGAGAUCCUGGACGUGGCAAACUCCAGCUCCGCCAACCACAGCAGUCUGUCGGACUACGCCUUCCUCUACGGGGUCUUCCCCACUGCGCCCAGCGUGGCCAUCUACGCCGGCCAGUAUGACACGCAGCUGGAGGUGGUGGCCACUGGCAUGGUCAUCAGCACAUUGCUGUCCGCGCCCAUCCUGUACCUGUCAGCGUGGUUGCUAACCAUCCCCUGGAUGGAGGCGACACACCUGCUGUCAGAGCUGCAGGAGGUCAGCUUCAACAUCAGCAUCGUCAGCCUCAUCGCCCUGGUGUGGACCAUUGCUGUCAUGUUUCUAAGCAGGAAGUUUAAGAGGUUGCCUCACAUGUUUACGGCAAACCUUUUCCUUGCUCAGCUCCUGGUGUGUGUGUCGAUGAUUUUGUGGAAGUUCGUAGUUCUUCAGGAGAAUGUGCUGGGACAGAGCCUCACCUUCACUUUGCUCUAUGGAUCACUCUAUAGCACCUAUCUGUGGACCGGUCUGUUGGCGUUCUCUCUCGCUCUGUUGAAGAAGAACGAGCAACUCCGAGUUCGACCCAUCAUCUUCAUCUUCCUUGGCUGGGGGGUGCCGUUUCUGGUCGUGGGCUUGUUGCUUGUAGUGAAUGAGAGGCAGAGUGACACCACAGACUCUGCCUUCUUCUAUGGCAAGUGGCAGAUUGUGAGCAGCGUGGGGAUAUUGAGUGGGGGUAUCCUCCUUGGCGGGCUCUCUCUGCUGGGGUUGAGUCAGGGCUCUCAGGAGGAGCAGGCGUACCAGUUUCUGGAGCAGAGCUCGCUCUCGGGAACGGCUGAGGAUUCCCGCUGCCUCCAUCAAGCAGAGAACCACAGUUCUGCCGAUCUGGCAGCAUCGCAUGCCAGUUUGGCUAGAGAUCAGGGUGACCCUACGCCUGAAAUGAUGGCUGACUCUCUAAAUGACACACCAGCCUCACCAACAGGUGCAACACCGUCUGAAGUGCGGAGCUGUGUGAGCUGUGUGCGUGUGCAGGUGGAGACCCAAGUGGCUCAGCAUGUUCUGCUGUGUCUGCUGCUCAUUGUCAGCCUGCUGGCAAACCUGUUCAGCUGUCUCUGGUGGCUUUUGAAUACCGAUCCUGGACGACUCUACCUGGAGCUCCAGUUCUUCUGCGCUGUGGCCAAUUAUGGACAGGGUUUGAUUUCGUUUGGGAUAUUUGGUUUGGAUGAGCAUCUCGUGAUUUCACCGUUCAAGAAAAGGCUGGCAGCACUCUGGGGCGCGGGGCGUGAGGAGAGCCCUGGUCCUGCCACCGGUCAGGAGGAGAUCCGCUUGACCUGCACCCAGUUCGUCCGCUACCACAAAAAUCAGUGCGUGCAGGACAUUGUGCAUAAGAGAAGGUGUGCUGGGUGGUUCCUGGGCAGCGAACUUGUUGAUUGGCUCUGUGUGGGCGUGGCCAGAAAUAGGGCCCUGGCCUCACAGUACGGGACUCAGCUGCAGCAAGGUGGAGUCCUCAAUCACACGACACGUCAGCUUAAUUUCUGUGAUGGCCAGUGGUAAUCGUUUCUCAGACAACGUAAGCAGCACGGUACCCGUUUACCAAGACCUUGAGUGACAUGCCUGGAUUUGUUUCACUGGAUCAACUCAUGUCACCUAAACAGUUAACUGUUUCAGUCCAUCAUUGAAAGUUGUGCUUCUUGAAUUAUUUUGCAUGGCAUGCUAAAUUUCAGAAUCAGAAGGAUCAGGUCUGUGUUCAUGUAACUGCUGGUACUUUGGUAUGGAAUGGAAUGUUAAACAUAUUAAGACACAAAGCGACUUCACUGGAUUCAACCUGUCUCUGUGUGGGGAAAAUCUACACAGUCCUCUUUAAUGUAACAUACCAUUUGAAUUUAUAUCUUAUGUACAGUAACUAAAAGUACAACAUCUAUGACCACUGAGCUUACCCAGCUACUGGGGUUUGUUCAAGAUCAGAGCUCCUUCCUUUUUCCCAAAGUACUGAUCAGGAAAAUUGUUAUGGAAUACUGAAAUAUUUGGUGGUAGUUCCAGAUUUCUUGUGUAGUACGGUUGAGUCAAUUCAUUUACUGACUGUGUAAUAAAAGUUCAACUUUAACAAUUCA